GUCACAUUAUUAUUGUGUCCCUUGGUGCAGGAUUACGUUUAUAUACAACCCCUCGUAGAUAUUUCAUUUAUUACAAAAUUAUUAUGUGUUAAAUUAGAAUAUAUAUAUACUUGGACACACCUCCAAGGACAAUGCCUGGUCGAAGCAGGGUGCAGAGAAGAGCAAAUGUGCUGCCAGUUGUUACCAGAAAAUAACCAAGAAUAGCGAAAUGGAUACAUACUUUCAGUCAGCAAGAUAGUUCUAGACUAGACUCUGGCAUUCAUAACAAAAUUAUUCAGGCAUCAUUGGUUUUCACUUUACGAUUUGAUGUGUGUAACAUCAAUUACGAAGUUAAUUUAUCUUGCUAUAGUAAAUGACCAUAUACCAUGCCAUGCCAGCAAUGCCGAGCCUCAAGAUCAUCCUCACCAGGAUAUACACAACUUGGCUGUGAUCUUAAACCGGCCGCCUGCCUGACGUCUAUCUUCUUUGGGAAUGCUUUUUUAAGGCCAUGUAUUCCCUAGUCGCUUCGUACGAAUACCAUGGAAGGAUCACGAUCGAGCUACUCUCGCAAUGAGUCACGAAUGCCGGCGCGUGCUCCAGUUCCAGUUAUAAUAGCUCCGCAGCGGCGAUCCAUGUUUAGGGAUGCGGCUGCGGUUGCUGGAGGUGUCACUGUCGGUACAGCAGCGGGUCACGUAGCGGGGGAAGCAAUAACAAGCUUGUUCUCCGGCCGAAGGCGGGAGGAGGUUGUGCAGCAUCUUCCUCAGAACUACAACUUGGGUGCGGAGCCCACCGGCCCUUGUGCCUAUGAAAUAUCAAUGUUCUUGCAAUGCGCCGCCAACCGCGAAAACCUGCAGGAAUGCGAAGCCUUUAAUGAAGCACUAAGGGAUUGCAAACGAAGAAAUCGUCUACCAUAAAAAUAUAUUCUCACUAAAACUAUAGUAAUUUAGCAAUAAAGAAAAUAAUUGCCAUAAUGAGUUUCAUUCAAAAAAUGUUUCAGCCAACCCAUGAAAAUGAUGUUUGAAGGUCGACGCAGAUACGAGCGCCUUUUUUUGGUAAAUAAAAGUCAAAGAUAUACAGGUGUAUACAUAUAAACUUAAAAUUUAUUUACACCUUAGUACAUAAAAUUGUGACGUUUCAAUAUAUAAUAAUUUAGGAUCACUUAACAAAAUAAGAAAUAGGUUUCAAAUUCGAGAAAAUAAAUUUCGGGACACUUCAGCAUUACAAAAAACAACCGGAUAUUUUAAUAUCAUACAAGAAAAUGUACAUACGAAUCUGAAAAACUAAUUCUACAUUAAUCAUGUACAAUAUUAACCACAUAAGCUGUUAUUUUACAGUUUGGCACGUUAAAUAUCUAUUUGUGGGGGCGAAACUGUCUUUAUUUUAGUUUUAUUUAUAAUACCAAAACUAAAUCGUAAGGUCUUUGGAAUUGAUGAAAAUAAAUAACUGACCAAAAA